AUGUCAGGGGUCAAAAUGAGAAUACAAGUCCCCAACACUCUAUUGACACAUGUUGAUUUAAGGAUCAGUGGGAUCAGGGUUAGAAUAGGUCCCUACUCUCUAUUGACACAUGUUGAUUUAAGGAUCAGUGGGAACAGGGUUAGAAUAGGUCCCUACUCUCUAUUGACACAUGUUGAUUUAAGGAUCAGUGGGAACAGGGUUAGAAUAGGUCCCUACUCUCUAUUGACACAUGUUGAUUUAAGGAUCAGUGGGAACAGGGUUAGAAGAGGUCCCUACUCUCUAUUGACACAUGUUGAUUUAAGGAUCAGUGGGACCAGGGUUAGAAUAGGUCCCUUUUCUCUGUUGACAUAUGUUGAUUUAAGGAUCAGUGGGAACAGGGUUAGAAGAGGUCCCUACUCUCUAUUGACAUAUGUUGAUUUAAGGAUCAGUGGGACCAGGGUUAGAAGAGGUCCCUACUCUCUAUUGACACAUGUUGAUUUAAGGAUCAGUGGGAACAGGGUUAGAAGAGGUCCCUACUCUCUAUUGACAUAUGUUGAUUUAAGGAUCAGUGGGACCAGGGUUAGAAUAGGUCCCUACUCUCUAUUGACACAUGUUGAUUUAAGGAUCAGUGGGAACAGGGUUAGAAUAGGUCCCUACUCUCUAUUGACACAUGUUGAUUUAAGGAUCAGUGGGAACAGGGUUAGAAUAGGUCCCUACUCUCUAUUGACACAUGUUGAUUUAAGGAUCAGUGGGAACAGGGUUAGAAUAGGUCCCUACUCUCUAUUGACACAUGUUGAUUUAAGGAUCAGUGGGACCAGGGUUAGAAGAGGUCCCUACUCUCUAUUGACACAUGUUGAUUUAAGGAUCAGUGGGAACAGGGUUAGAAGAGGUCCCUACUCUCUAUUGACACAUGUUGAUUUAAGGAUCAGUGGGAACAGGGUUAGAAUAGGUCCCUACUCUCUAUUGACACUUGUUGAUUUAAGGAUCAGGGUUAGAAUAGGCCCCCAACACUCUACUGACACAUGUUGAUUUAAGGAUCAGUGGGACCAGGGUUAGAAUAGGUCCCUACAUUCUAUUGAUUGCCACUAGAGUAGACAAAAUUCAACUUGGAGGUGAGAUUCAGUGGCUUGCUUGACAGUAUGUCACUAUGACAUGGUGGAGAUGCUCAGGGUGGUCCAAGGCAUCACAUCGUCAAUGGAUGCUGCUUUGUCAUGACAAUGGAAAGCAUAUCAAAACUGUAUAAACAGUUAAAACCUAAACCAUCACACUCAGCUUUCUACUAAUUGCUGAAAAGGUUUAACAAAUAAUGCUGUAUAUUCUGCCAAAAGUAAUGUUAUUAGUGUGAUACUUUCAACAGUUUCUUUUAAUUAAUUCUUCAGUUGUAAUUUAUGAAACUGAUUUUUGCAUUUAACCCUACAUUCCUAGGUGCCAUUCUGCAAACCAAUUGCAAGGUACCUACACAACACUCUACUUAAACACAGAUGAUAGGGUUGUCCUGCCUGGUUAACAGACCCGAAUCACGGUCCAGGUUCUCUAACAUAAAGAAAAAAUGCUCCUUAAAAAUUCCUGAAACUGAAGGCAAGCAUUCAAACUUUGGAACUUUUGGGCUACACUUUUUUAUUUUUCGUUUCACGGACCUGCCGCCACUACUGAAAAGCAGCUGGCAUUGAAAUAAAUUAAACAUAAAAAUAUUUAUUUUUAUUGUUUCUAGUUAGUAAUAUAGACCCUUAUAUAAUAUAAAAUGUUAUAGAUAAAUUCCAUGUCUACAUCACUGUCAGUGAUUCAAGAAGCAAACUGCAAUUUAACUCCAUGGCAGAAGUAAAAAUUGACAUAACUAUUUAUUUUUAAUUUUAUUUUUAUUUCUUUAUUUUUAAUUUUAUUUAUUUUAUGUGGAAAAGCUGGAAUAUAUCCAUGAAACAUAAAAUUAAAAAAAUGUGGCCUGGUAAGAAGAGUCAUCCCAAGUUCAAAUUUAGAAAAGUAACCACCCUUCUGGAUUUGCCACUGCCGCGACCCCUAUCAUCAGCUUCUUUUGUGUUCUCCUGCAGUGUGGCUGUAAGUCGUCUUGCUAUUUCUCUGUGGAAGGCUGGCCUCGCCAUUCUGGUUGUGACUGUACUUGUCUCAGUUACAUCUUACCUUUGUUACAAAUACUAUUUACUACAUUGUCACAGGUUAUCUUCCAACUGUAUUUGGACGAAUUAUAUUUUUGUAUACUUUGCUUUUUUUUACCCAGCUUGGCCAGUGUGAGAUGAUUGAAUAUUUCUUCCAAGGUUGACCAAUUAUUGAAAGACACGAUAUCAUAUUGUUGAUGCCAAAAUUUCAAAACAAAUUAUUUAUUUUUGAUUAACAUUUGAAAGUUUACAUUCCUGUUGCUAUGGUUACCUGAACUGGCACUAUAUUAAUUGGCAUUUUGAAUGGAACUGCUGUGAUACUGCUUGUUGAGUUGAGCUUGUUGAUGGAAGUAUGCACGACGUGUUGUAAUGUGGAUGUGCACUGUGCAUGCUGUCGUCGGUGCCACUUGUACUUAUUGUUAUAUUGUUUAUUGAUGCACUGUCUGUAAAUCAGCCAUUCCACUAUACUAUGUAACAUAUCAUGUGAUAAAAGAACAACAAAGAUA